AUGCAAAGACCGGCAAAAACACACGUCCAAGGAAGCCACAAAAUUAAUGAGGUGGACUAUGUGUGCACAAAGGAUGCCACAUCUGUGAAGCCAUUCACCCCGCUAGGCACCGCCGUCCAGUUGGGAGAAGAAGAGGAACAGCAACAAUGGCUUGACAGACACCUCGGAGCAGCGCCAUGUAGCAAAAACGAAAACCUGAGCGAAAACGUCCGCAAGGUGCUAGCGAAAAAGCAAAGGAAAAAACUGAAGGAGGAAAGAGAGUUAUACAAGGCUACCAAAGCGAUUAGUACACAAAACAAUGCACAGAGAAAGAUAAACGCACAGAACCAGCUGUCUUCCAGCAGCUUCGUACAAAAAAUGAAAGACAUCAAUAAAGCAUUUCCUCACAUUAGAAGCAAAGAAGACAAAAAUUACAUGAAGGAGAAUUUUAUGAAAAUACAGGAGAAGGUGUCUCUACAGAAGAAGGUCCUGGAACAGAAGGAAGAAGCAAAGAAUAAGAAGCCAUUCAAAAUGAAGAGGUUUGAAAAUGUGGCUUCUAAGGUGGCUAAAAAUUUGCAGAAAACUGGGGAGUCCUCUCUGGGCCUAAGCAAGGCAACGAUGUCCAAUCGGGUCAUCACGGAGGGAUCUGCCGCACGGCAGGUGGAGGAGGACCACGUGGAGUGUCAAGACGAGGGGAUUCAGUAUGCGGGGGAAGACGGAGAAGAAGCGGAGUAUCAGGAGGGUGACGAAGCAGAAUACGACGAAGAGGUAGAAUACGAGGAAGAAGAAGAGGAAGAAGUAGAGUACCAGGAGGGGGAGGAAGCAGAAUACGGGGAGGAAGAAGUGGAGUACGAGGAGGGGGAAGAAGAAGUAGAAUACGAAGAAGAGGAAACAGAGAAUCUGGAGGAGGAACCGCAAUACCUGGAGGCGUCCAGCAAAUGCCAAGGUGAGAAGCGCGAAGAUGCAGCCGCAGAAACCGACCAUGUAAGCGCACCUGCUAAACAUGAAAGCAGCAUCAUAGAGAAACUCUCCAAACGGGGGAGCGAACUACGGAGUACCGAAAAGGACAAGCGGAACAACCUCCACAAGAAUUUUGGCAAGCUACCCACCUACAUGCUGAAGAAAAAAAAGGACGUUGUCGAUGAGUCGACGGACGUGCCCGAGGGCUAUCGAGUCCUAAAGCACGACGAACGCAACUACGUCCUAAAGGAGCUGCACUCACAACUAACCGAGGCAACACAGGAAUACAAGACAAACAAAGACAACUCCAAGAAAAUUGAACUGGGAAAAAAAAUCAAAGAGAUAAAGGAAUCCAUAGAACUCUUUAGCAAGCCGAACGUCCUCGUGAAUGAAAAUUUUUAG